AGGCAGGACCUCGCUUCUCUCCUCGCUCUGGCGGUGGGAGACGAAUACAGACGGUUAUUUUUGUCUGUCUGAACCUCCUCCACCACCGCGAGCCCCCCGUUUCUUUUGUGCUCCUUUUCGAACGCCUCGCGGGACUGCCGAUCAGGCCGCGCGCACGCACGCGGGUCUGCAGAAUCCAUGCAGCUCCUCCUCGAGGGGGUCGCGGUGACUGAGUGCCCCCACCCCCUCGUCUCUCUCUCGCUCUCUACCCCCCCCCCGGCUCCUCUUGCGCCCGCCCCGGCACCGAUUGUUGACAAAAGACGCUGCGAGACGGAGCGACGGAGCCCGGUACCGGUGAGCAGAACGGCCCGUUAACGUGACUCCUUUACCCGAACAGUUAACGAAGACCGGACCGACGUGGGCAGGGGGCACGAGGACUCUUCCGUUUCUAGAAAACCGUGUGGUCGAGGUGAUUCGGUUGUCGGUGGUGGUCGGACCGCAUCAGGCCGGUGUGGAGUGGACGCCCCCCCCCACCCUUCCCCACUCCUCCUCUACUCGCGAUUGGUAUUUACCGACAAAAAAAAAACCAGCGGCCAAGAUGGGUCACUCGCUGUGAGCCGAAGGGUCAGACCAGAGUUACAGCAGGAGGCGGCUGCCUUGGGCAGGUCAAUUCAGCCGGGAAUGGUGUGAGCUGAGACGGCCAGGCAGUCUGGAUCUGACCGGGGACCCGUCAUUCCCCCGGAGCCUCCGCGGCUCCAAGCCGCGUCUUGAGCCCUCCAAGAUGGGGAAGUGCGACGGAAGAUGCACGCUGCUGGUGAUAUGUUCACUGCAGUUGGUGGCAGCCCUUCAGAGGCAAGUGUUUGAUUUCCUUGGCUACCAAUGGGCUCCCAUCCUGGCCAACUUCCUGCACAUUAUGGCCGUCAUCUUGGGCAUGUUUGGCACCGUGCAGUUUCGUUUCAGAUACCUUAUCUUUUAUGCAGUAUGGCUGGUCCUUUGGGUUGGCUGGAACUCAUUUAUUAUCUGUUUCUACCUGGAAGUGGGAAACCUGUCUCAGGACAGGGACUUUCUCAUGACGUUCAACACAUCUCUUCAUCGUUCGUGGUGGAUGGAGCAUGGUCCUGGUUGCCUGGUAACGCCAGUGCUCGACUCUCGCAUGGCCCCUGACGACCACCAUGUCAUCACUGUCUCUGGGUGUCUCCUUGACUACCAGUACAUAGAGGUGUUAAGUUCGGCCAUUCAGGUCCUAUUGGCGCUUUUUGGCUUUGUAUACGCCUGCUACGUGAGCAAAGUCUUCCAGGAUGACGAGGACAGCUUUGAUUUCAUUGGUGGCUUUGACUCAUAUGGCUACCAGCCUCCACAGAAGUCCUCCCAUCUGCAACUGCAGCCUCUUUACACGGCUGGUUAACUGUUGGUGGUGCCCCCUUCAGGACAAACCCUGACGGUGUCACAGUGGAUGGAAAGCUGUGGUUGCCUCGAUUACACUCACUCCACGUGUCACAGUUUACCGGAAUGGACUUACCCCACCCAGAGGGAGAGACAUGUGUGCAUGUGUGCUUGUGUCUGAGAAAGAGAAAAUGCAGCCCUGAAUAGAAUGUACAGAGCUCAGGGAAGAACCAGCAUGCCAGGUGGUGUGAUAAGAUGGAGGAGGAGGAGAGAUGCAGAGAACAAGAGCUGGGGACACCUCUGUCAAUUCACAGAAGACACACUUCACUAAACUGCCAGCUCUCAAACACUCCCACAAGUGUGUGUGUGUGUGUGUGUGUUUGGCUGGUGCUUCGUGGUGGCACCCUGGACUCUUACCACUUGGUGUCCCCGAUAAUAUUUCUUUUUGGGUGCUUGUGUGUGUGUGUGUGUGUGUG